GUCAACCCAUCUAUACGUAAUCGUGUUCCAUCACCCUCACAAGUCAGAACUCAGAAGUAAAAAACCCCUUUAGAAAAAUUUCAGCCAAAAAUGGAAAUCCAAAAUAGUAAUAAUACUUCUGCUGCUCAAACAAAUGUCAGAAAGCGAAGCAUAACUGAUAUGACCACCGCCAUUAAUAACAUCCACCACUCAAAUUGCUUCAAGAUUCGCGCCCUUAUUAAAGAUCUUCGCCCCCAUUUUCUCCAGGUUCUCCGGACUCCAGAUUUUCAGACUUCCAAAUCUGCUGUCGAAAUUAACCAGCAAAUGAAGCUUUUGAUGAAGCUAUAUGAAGAGAUGACAUCAAAUACGGUCACUUUGGAUAAAAGUAACACUGUAGCUGAUGGAGGUCAUGAUCAGAAAAAAACAACAGAUGUUAAACCCUCAGAGCCUCCAAUAGAGAAGGAGAAAAAUUUUAUCAGAAAAUCUUCAGAAGAGAGACCUGCUUCUGAUAAACAAGUAUCACAGGGUAGCUACAUUGUUGGAGGCUCGGCUUUUGGUUGGAAUUUCAUCAUGUACCCGACCAGCCAAUUGUCAGCAUAUUAUGGCAGAACCAAAGAGGACUUCCGGGCAGCUAAUCCCAUACCGACAACCUUACCUACAACCUUACCAGAAGAAGCUUAGUUAACACAUUAGUUUUGAUUUAGACAAGAAGAUUAAACCAUAUUAACAUACAACCUGAUGUUUGUUUUGUUGCGGUAAUUUAACUCUGGGAUAGUAUGCUUCUUGGGUCAAUGACUGUGCAUCGAUGGUUUGUUUACUUGUCUACUUAACUAUGUGUAAUGAAUGUAACAUUGAUGAAUAAGUUCUUGUUUUUUUCUA